ACAUGCUUUAAUAGAGAAAGUAUGCAAUGCAUACUGCUCUGCUACAACCCCCCACUAUACUGCAUCUGGGGUAUUCGUGACUGGACGUCUGUGGGGAUCACACACAUUUCCGAUUAGGAGGAGGGAGAGAGAGCGAGCGAGAGAGGGCGAGAGAAAGAGGGAGGGAGAGGGAGAUUACCCUUUUUCAUUCCAGCCAAUGAGACGGUCGAUACGCUAAGAUUUUCAUAGUUGUGCAGGAGCACAAAGUGAGCUGGCUUGUGCGUGAACUUCCAGGUAAAACUGCAAACCGUCUUAAGCCCUUGAGGCCGCUGUACCAGGCUUUGAUGCCCACACGCUUUGAAGCAGGUGGACAGACGCAGGCAUGAGCAACAGUGGGACCAAAGAGCCGUCUCCUCAGCCGAGCACUGCCCAGUCGCCCUCUGAGCCUCAGCGCAGGGGCAGGGGUCGACCACGCAAACAGCAGCAGGAGCCUGUUGGACCACCAACUCCAAAGCGGCCAAGAGGACGACCAAAAGGCAGCAAGAACAAAGGCCCAAGAACUGCACUGAAGAAAGUAGAGUCGGUUGGAGAGAGACGACCGCGUGGGCGACCGAGGAAAUGGCCACAGAAAGUAGUCCCAGAAGCAACUGAAGAGCAGCAGGGCCCUUCAGAGGAGGCUGAGGAGGGUCCCUCACACCUCGACCCCUCGUCAUCUCAGGUGCCAGCACAGGAGGAAGGGGAGUAGAUAGGACGCCUCUCUACCUACCUCAAGGUUUGACCCCCAGCAGACAGGGGUUCAAGCCGACUCCUGUCUGUGAUGGGUAUUCAGGAACACACACACUCACACUCAGAAAUCAUUGCGGACAGUAGUUUCCUCUCCCGAUCCGAUACUGUACCCUGGAUUUGUUGUUGACUUUAAGACGCUGGUUUGUUUCGUGAACAAACUCUGUUUUAACAUUGGGAUAUUUGAUCUUUUCAUAAGGCUUUUUUUAAAAACAAGGAAUAGUUCCACUUUUUGGGAAAUACAUCUAUUUUGCUGAAUGUUAUAUCGGAGGAUUGGCACCAUUGUCAUGCAGAGUGAACAUCUCUAAGACUCACUGGUUAACAUCUGCAAAAAAAAAGCCAAAAUACAAAGGCCAUUUUUACUCUUAAAGGGACUUUGUGUGUUUGAGUUUGAGACACUGACUUUUCCACCUGUCUCCAGUCUUUACACUAAGCCACAACAACUCAUUUUUUGUUGUAUCAGUCUUCUGAACCAGAAAGUGAAGAAGUGUAUUUUCCAUCAAGUCAAACUAUUCCCUCAGGUGUGCUGGCUGUCCUGAACCCCUCAGUGUGUGUGAGCGUGAGAGUGUGUAAGUGUGUGUGCUGGUUGUGUGGAGAGGGGGACAGGGUUGCAGAAUGAAAUGAGAGGGUUUAAGAAAAACAAAGGAACCAAACUGAACCGUUUUAUUGAGACAUGUUCACAUCAAGUGUCACAAAUCCUCGUAAGAAACGGGAGCAAGACGGUGACAUUUUUAUCAAUGUUACAAUAUCAACAUGCUGCGCUGAAGUCAUUAUUCGAAAAGUUGCUGUGAAAGGUUUCAUUCAGGAAUGAAAUAUCUGCUUUUAUCUUGUGUCCUUUGCUCCGAAAAAAAAAAUCACUUUUGCUGAAAUAUCAACGUAAGCAAAAGUAAAGUGAUGUUCUUUUUGUUUGCUUCCAACCAGCAGGUGAUUUUAGAAAAAAAAGGGCCCAAAGGCUUAAUUGGAUGUUUUAUUUUUGGAAAGAAACCUUUCAUGCAAACUUUGAUCAGCAACCGUGUUGACAUGUCAUUUUGCCACACUCAGGAUUUCACUAUUACAGUGCUUGUACACCAUAUUGAAACCUCAGGUACAAAAAACUAUUCAGGAACAUGUUGUCUACUCAGUAAUAAUUAUGGUGCUGUGUUUGUUGUGCAUUUCUCACCUGUAUUUGACAUUACCAGUAUGCCUUGACACAAAGACCUCAUUUAAACCUCAGUUACCCUCAGUUUCUUAAUCUCUCAUUCUACCUCAGUAACACAAAAGACUGAAGAUCUCCAACAAAGUAACGCCUCACUCCCUCAGCAGUGAUUAUACACACUCGCUGCACACACACGCGCAGGUUCAUCUGCAGAUACACAGUACGGACAUGCGUUUCAGGGUUUUUCAGGGCUACACGCCAACACACAAACACACGGAGGCAGAUGUUACACUCCAGUAGAAGUGUACAAAUAAAAGCAUCGGUGUGAUUUCUUUUUAACAAACAAGAAAAAAAGCGUAUUUGAUAAAAACUGAAGUGAGACUUUGUUCUCCCGGGAAAUUAAAAAAAAAACAAACAAACUGCAGCCCAUAGUUUACAACAACUUGAUGAAAUACUUGCUUUUUAGGGUGUAGUUCCUUAUGAAAUACUUGUGUUUUGGGUUUGUUAUUCUUUUCUCAUUUUUACUACAUUGUGUAUUUUCUGAUUCUUACACUGUAAAUUGUACGUGUGACACUCUUAAUUCGUGGCAGCAAAUAACCCCAAAGUGCUGAAAUACAUGAGAGUUACGGCUGACGUUAGCCAGCGCUCCUGUCAGACCAGCAACACAACACCUGAUUGUACUGAGUUGAGAGAUUGUUUUAUUGCUCAUCAGUUCAGCUUUUAUGUCAGAGAGAACGAAUGUGUUAUUUCUUCCCCUAAAUUUUACGCAGUCUUGCUUUGAAAGAAGCAUUUCACUUACCUCUGAGUGCAAGUAGCUGUGUAGAACCCAAUACAAUGAAGUGAAUGGGAUUUCAUCUGCAGUGCAAAUCAAAUUGAACAGUUCCUGUUGGAGCUGCUUUACUAAAGAAAUGUUUCCAAGUGAAAGAUUGACAAUAAGAUUUGUCGAUUGUCCACAUUAAGAAUAUUUUGUGCAAAAUUUUGUGUGCUCUCUAUGGUAUUUUUGCCAUACAUUUCUAUUUUUAUUCCUCCAUCGUCACGGAUCAUGCAUACAAUUAGGCUAGUAGUGAUAUAUGCACGAGGAUGAUUCAUUAUGAAUUAAUUUUAAUAAAGAUAAGAGCAUUUGAAUGUCCUUGCCAUCAAAGCAUGGUGGCUCAAUAUCAUAAACGUGACACUUUAAUUCAAAGAUCAGAAAAAAACUAACUUUUGUGAUACCAACUGCCUUAAAAAAAUCACCUGAAGAACAAUGUAACUCCCCUGUGGUGCUGAAAAUAUGCAGCAGUGGCUGCUUUUAAUUUGUUUCCUUAUUCUUAUAUAUUCUUAUUAAUAUAAAUGAUAAUGCAGAAAACUAGAUCAAGCAUUUAAAUAAGUGAAAUUCCCUGAAAGCUGUGUAGUUCUCACGCUGCUGGUGAGACACACUGCUGUGUAUAUGUUUAAUGUUGAGAUACUAUAGUCAGAAUGAAACUUUAUUAAUCUCUAUUGUAUUUGGGUGCAGAUGGAAAUCUUAAAAGAUUUAACAUAAAGUCAAAACUGUCUGCAUGCCACUAAUAGAGGUAAUUAUUUCUGGAAAUAUUGGAGAUCAGGAAGAGGAUAUUAACCUUUUACAGCUGUGCAAAACAAAAACAAAAAUGAAGUUAGAAUGAAGGGAAUGUACUAUUAUCCACCAAAUUACACCUGGAACCAGACUACUAUGCGGUGAAAUAAAAUUUAUGGAAAUAAUAAUUGAACAUUGAAGGAAUUAAUUAAAAGUCAAUCAUAGAUAGUCGAUCUGCUAUCUAUAAUGAAUCCGCAUGACAAUGUGCCACGGAACACAACUUGCUAGAGAAGUUUCUCAGCCUCCAGUCCAGCUUUACAAAAAAUGUUUUUGAGACCUUGUUGUUCAGGAUUUCUGCACUUAAGCCGAAAACCUCAAGUCAUUUUUAAGAUUUUGUCAUUAUGCAGCAUCAACUAUGUAUCACUUACAAGGUGCUCCUUACUGUACAUUACUUGAAUAUCUACCAUCAUUUACUGUAUAUAUAAGUGUUUCUUCCACCUAAAACGUACUUAUAUUUUUACUGAUAAUAACGUGUGAUGUAUUUCAAAUAUUAUUUCAUGUAUUUCAGCAUUGUUGACUAACUUGCUGCCAGAUCACAGAUUAAUGAAAUGUUCAGCUGCAUUGACUUUACUUUUUGCCCUCUGGACUACCUCUGAACACAGACAAGCCUGGCUCAAGUCUGGGAAGCUCUCAGCUAACUGUGGCUAAUAGUUUCUAUCAGACCUUCAGGCGAUGUGGGUCAUAAAAUCUUGAAAUAACUGUCUAACUAGUACUGUUGUAGUCCACGCAUCUCAUCUCACUACAUUCAUAUGACCAGAAGUGAAUGGAAGUCAGCCUGAAGGGUGCCUCUUCAUCGAACGACAGCAGAGUCAAUGUGUGCUAUUUAAGGGUCAUUCAAUAUAAAAUCAACCAAAUCUGAAAGAAGUUCCCACCCGACCGCCUCAGAAUCAGCUGAUUUUUUCUCUUUUUUUGUACAAUAACUUCACUAUAUUAAAUUAAGCCAUAUAAAAUGUAACUUCCAUGCUAGGAUGUUUCCUGCAUUUUUGAGCCCGUAUAACUUCAGAAGUACAAGAGAUAAACGCAUGGAGGUUUCAGGGAUGAAGAACACAUCAGAGCUGUUAAAAACUGCAGCCAAGUAGAUUUUGCAUCGACUCCAGGUGUCACAAUCCAAAGCUAAAAUGUUGUUCUUCUUCCGCACAAUUUUUUUCUCUAACUCUGAGCAUUAAUAUCAUGUCAGUGAUAUAGAAUGACAGAAACAAACAUUGCCACCCUGGAUGUGCUUUCUUUUUUCUGAUAAUUCACUGGAAAAACUUUUAAAAAGUGCAUUAAGUGCAGCAAACCUUCAAGGGUUACAUCACCAUGUGUGAUACGUGGUUGGUUAAAACAUGUUACAGCAUAUGAAAGGUCUCAUUUCUACCUACAUUUUGAUACUAUCUUCUAGUCUUGAUUCCUUCUGUGUCCAAUUUUCUAGUACAGGCACAUUUUGACUGUCCGAAAAGAAAACAAAGAACAGUGUUGGAUACCAGGAUUACCCAUUACUGUUCAUAGUUGACAGUGCAACUAAAAGAACAAGAACUCAACACCGUCCGAGUAGAAUUUGAAAGACUCUCAAACAAGCACAGCAUACUCUAAAGUUGUUUGACAAAUGGGAUUUGUCCAAACUGUUGUAUGAAAUACGUGAAUACCAAGGUUGUUCCUGCACUUCACAGCCAUAAGUUACAUUUGUGGCUGUGAAAAUAUGACAACAUUCAAAUUUGGUAGCAAAAUAGUUUUCUAUUACUAUAUGAAUUGAAGCUAUGACGAACCCCAUGAAAUUGAAAGCUGCUGAAAGUUGGCAGUGGAGCAAAUUGUGCAGAAUGAAAGCAAGAUUUAGACUUUUGAGUAUGACAUCUGAAAUGGAUGCAAAAUUGAUUUGGUUACAGUUUUGAACAAAGCUCAACUGUGCCUUUGAUCUCUAAAAAUAUCGUGUACUUAUGAAGUUAUGAAGUUAGUUGAAGGGUUCAAAAUGCUAGAAACAAACAUAGAAAUCAAAAAAGGCAAAAUUUCAAACCAUCUGUGUACAUUUAGGGCCCGUCACUUAAGAAAUAUUCAUAGUAUGAAGGUAAAAUUUUGAAUGGCUUUUGUACAUAUACUGAAGUCAAUGUUUAAAAAAAAAUCAUCUGGCUCUGAGAGAUCAGGUGGGAGGCACUGAUUAAUAUUUCAUGGAAUGGCUCUUGUGUCUGGAUAUUUACUCUACAUGGGGACGAUGCCGUUCUGUGAUCUUACUGAUAAUGACAUAGUUACGUACAGUACUUGAUCCACGUUCAACUAUUGGAAAGUUGAAGUAUAACUUGAGAAAUCAUCUUGUAUGCCUUACUUUUAACACCAUUUUGUAGUGAUGUUAUUGAUGUGUCCUCCACUUCAUUAAUACAACUCACAAACCUGUGAUAUAUAUUUUGUUACGAUUCUUUACCUUGUGAUUUGUGUUACUCUGCUUCUUUAUCGCUUCUCAAUAAAAUAUCACGCCUAAUAA